AUGGGAGGAUUCAUUUGUUGCAAAAAAAAUAAAAAGUUUGAGUAAUAUAGAUUCAAAUUUACAAAAUUUUAAAGUAAACCAGAAGCAACAUUUAAAUCAAAGGCAAUUUUUUCAAACUAAUUCCUAAAAGCCUUAGAACAAAGAUAUUAUGCCUUAAAACCAAAUGCUGGAUUAAAUUUAGAAUAAUUACAGGUUUUAUUACCUAACAUUCAACCAAGUAAAGUCUAAAAUAUAUAAAGAACUAUUAUAUAGACUAUUAAUGUAUUUUAAGUUGGAAAAUGAAGAUCAGAUUGAUUUAUAAGGAAUUUGUUUUAUAAUUAGUAAAUUUUUAAAUUAAGGAAAACUUGACUAAAUAGAACUACUCUUUAAUUUAUAUGAUCUAGAUUAAAAUAAGAAGUUAGAUUAAAAUGAAUUUAAAUUGUUUGUGGAGGAGAAUUAAAAUUUAUUAAAUUGUAAUAUAAAUAGAUUCUAAAAAUUUGAUAAAAUAAUUUAGUUUACUACAUGGGGAGAUUAGAAUCUGAAUUUAAGUUAGACUUUUUUUUUCAAAAUUUUUUAAAGACCAUAUGAAGAAAAAAGAAUAAUUGAAGAGUAGAAAGAUUAAAUUGUUUUUGAUAAAAUUUAUAUUAUAAGUUCUAAAUGGUGGGAUUAGUGGAAACAAUAUGUUAAUAGAACAAUUGCAAAUCCUGAAUAACCAAAUGAUUAAAACAUAUAUGAAUUAUCAUAAGAAUUUAUUGAAAUCAGUCCUUAAUAAUGGUUAGAAAGACCUGGACCAAUUGAUAAUAGAGACAUAGAUGGUGAAUAUGAGGGAGAAUUGAAAGUAUAAUUAAUUAAAGGUCGUGAUUAUGAAACUGUUGGAUAAGAAGCUUGGAAUAAUUUAAUGAGAUGGUAUGGUAUUAUAGAUAAAAGACUUGAAUUCAAGAGAAAGUGUGAAACAAUUAAUGAUAAACUUACAAUAGAAUUAUAUCCUACAAUUAUAUAAGGUUUUGAAACAGAUGAAAAUGGAAAAGUUUAAUAUAAAAAUUGUUUUAGAUUUAAAAUGUAUGAAUAUUCUACAAUGCAUGAUGUAAGAAAAAAAUUGUUUAAGAAAUUUCAAAUUUCUACAAAUAAGUAUUAAGAAUAUCUAUUAUAUAUGAUGAAAAUUAAUGAAGAUUGGUAAUGUAUUUUAGAUUUAGAUUCUGAUAUCAUAAGUCUAAAUAUUACAUCUGGUACAUUUUUCACAAUGACUAAACUUAAAAAAAAACCUGUUUCAUAGGUUUCUUACUGGAAAUUAGGAUAAAAAAUCUUAAUUACAGAUCCAUCUACUAAUAUUGAAAAGAUGUGUUUAGUAUAAAGAUUUUCUGAAUCUCUUAAUUUUGUUAUUUUGCAUAUCGAAGGAUAAAGCUCUUUAGAUGAUUUUUAAAUAGAAAUAAAAUAAUCUCCCAUGGGUUUGUAGAGUACAAUAAACUAAGCUAUAUCUAAAUAAAUUAAAUAUCCUGGUUUAUAAAAUCUUGGUAAUACUUGUUAUAUGAAUGCUGCAUUAUAAUGUUUAAUAACUACUUAAUAUUUUAGUAAUUUUCUUAUUAAUGAACGGUAUAAACGUUUUAUUACAGCUAAUAAUUCUUUGACAAAGGAACUGAGUUCUUUAACACAAGAAUUAACUAGAACAAAUGAAACAUCAAUAUCUCCUUAAAAUUUUUAAAAUGUUUUAAUUAAAAUCUUACCUAAAUUUAGAAAAUAUUAAGCACAAGAUGCAGAUGAAUUUUUAGAUGAUUUAUUAACAGUUAUUUCAAAAGAAUUAAAUGAGCAUGAAAACAAUUAAAAUUCAGUCAUAGAAAAACUUUUUCAAGGAUAAUAUUUAACAGAAAAAUCAUGUUAAUAAUGUCCAAACAUAAAAAGUGAAAUUGAAUUAAAAAAAAUACUUCAUUUGACGGUUCAAGAACAAAGUGGAGUUUUCAAAUUAAGAAUUUAUUUUUUUCUUAAUUUAUUUAGGUAUGAUGGAUAAUAAUAAACAAAUAAUAUUAUUGAAAAAGAUUUAGUUAAAAAAACUAUUUUAAUAACAAAUAAUACUAUUAAUACUCCUACAUUUAGAGAUUUAUAUAAUAAGAUAGAUGCUUGUAUUGGUCUUUCUAAAGAAAAAUAUUAAUUAGCUAUUAUUUAUAAGAAGGACAUAUAGAGAAUUAUAUAUAGCAACAAUGAAAAUCAAGCAUUAACUGAUUUAGGUAUUAAUCCCAAUAUGACUAUAUUUUUAUAUUAAUUGGGAGAUUUAUAAGAUGCAUAAAAUCAAUUUGAUAAUGUUCGUAGAAUGUUUAGUUAUAAGUCUAGAGAUUUUUAGAAGAAUGAUUUAGUAGAUUUUUAGGAAACAGGUUAGAAUUGGAAAUAAGGUAAAAUCGAUGAAAUAAAACCUAAUUAAUUUAAAAUAUUACAUCUUAAAGAUAAUAAUUUAGGUUAUGUUUUUAUUUAAGAAAAUAAGAUUGUAUAAUUUAGAUAGAAUACUUCAAAUUAAUAAUUAAAUUUUGUUUAAAUUCCAGUUUUAAAUUAUUAUUUUAACAGUUUUUAAAAGUAAUAUUUGUUAGGUUUAAAACCAAUCAUCGUUUAUUUACCAAUUUAAUAACUCUCUCUUAUUGAAUUAAAAGUCUAUAUUUACAAAUAAAUAUAAAGAUUUAUAAAUUUUGUAACUAUAUUAUUAAUUUUAGGAUCACUUUACCGUUUAAUCACCUUUCUAAACUAAUUCUGUGUAAUAAGAGCAAAUUAUUAAUUUUUUUUCCCAUAUAUCAUUUCCAUAUAAAAUUAGAGUUUUAGAUCAAGAUAGGAAAUGCUUAUAUUGUUAAAAAAUACGACCUGAAAAAAAUAUUUCAUAUUAUCAUUGUUAAGGAUGUGAAGUCGACCCUAUAUUGUUAAUUUUUUAAUAAACUACAAAACCAAGAAUAAUUUUGGAGUGGAAUGAUAUAAAAUUUACCAAAAUAUUAGAGAAAAAAAAAGAUGAAUCAGAAGAGAGAUUAAUAUAAAAUCUUGAUCUUAAGGAUUGUUUUUAAAAAUAUACAGAAGAGUCUGAAUUGAGAUUAGAAUGUAAAUUAUGCGGAUAAAAUAAUUAUUUUAAAUAACAAUCUUAUUUAAAUAAACCACCAAUAAUUUUGAUUCUUAAUUUAUAAAAAUACAAAAGUAAUGGAGAAUUUAUUGAAAGAUAUGUAGAUUUUCCAUUAAAUUCCUUAAAUAUAAAUGAAUGUCUUAAAUCAAAAGAAAAUGUAUUAUAUGAUCUUUAUGCAGUAAUAAAUAGUAAAAGAAAAAGAAAUGAUAGUAAAUAAUUAUAUUUAUUUUAGCACAUUAUACCGCAUAUUUAAAAAAACAAGAUUAAUGGUAUGAAUUUGAUGAUUCUAAUGUUUCUAAAAUAGAAAAAGUAUAAUCUACUAAUGCAUAUAUGUUAUUCUAUACAUGUAAAAAUAUUCCAGAUGAUUGUAAUAUCAAUAUGAGUGAUUUUAUAUGA